AUAAUGGAAUCCUUUUAUGCUUUUAUAGCAGUAAUUCUAGUUGCUUUUGUAGUACUGGUUUUAACUGCAACUUAUAAUUCCUUCAAGACCCAGAUUCCUCCUGACAUCGACCAGCCGUUAAAGCUCCGCUUAUAUCAUUGCAUGUAUGCUCUGAUUGAAGUUCUGGCAAAGAAUUUAGAACGUUUUGGUAUCGUUGAGGAGCAUGUACUGCUGAGGCCGAUCUUUGAUGGACUGCCAGCAUGCAGGGAUUCAAAGCUCUUCAUAAAGGAUCUGCAUUUUGAUGGGGUGCCAGUGAGGAUUUACUGCCCAAAAGCACCAUCUGCAAGGAAACGGAGAGGACUCAUCUUCUUCCAUGGAGGAAGCGGGAUAUUCGGAAGCAUCAGAACUUUUGAAAGAGUAUGCCGGUACCUAGCCAGAAAAUCUGAUUCAGUGGUUGUGUCUGUUGGGUACCGUUUAGCUCCCGAGCAUUCGUACCCGGCCCAGACUCUGGACUGUCUCACCGCUACCGUACACUUCAUGAAGACUGCAGAAACCUAUGGGGUGGAUCCUGAUCGGAUUCUUGUUUGUGGGGAUAGUGCAGGGGGCAAUUUUGCUGCUAGAGUUUGCCAAGAACUGGUAGAUAGACGGGAUAUCCCAAAGAUAAGUGCCCAGGUACUGAUUUACCCAUUUCUCCAAGCACUGAACUUUAAUCUGCCGUCUCACCAGAAAAAUGCUUUCACUGCCUUCUUGACCCAGGAAUGUUUGGUCCGUUUUGUUCUGAAGUACUUGAGAAAGGAUUGCUCCUUGCUACCAGCCACUGUGGCAGGUUCUCACGUUCCUGAGAGUAUGAGUUUGAAAUAUGGGAAAUGGAUACACCCAGAUCUUAUCCCAGAGGUAUUUAAAGUGGGCUAUAAACCACUGUUACCUUCUCCAUUUUUACCGCAAGUCCAUGAAGAAACAAAACAAGUGUUUGAGGUACGAUUUACCCCACUGUUAGCAGAAGAUGCUGUUGUUUGCUGCCUCCCUGAUACCUGCAUCAUCACUUGUGAGCAUGAUGUGCUCAGGGACGAUGGAUUGCUGUACAAGAAACGGCUAGAGGACAACAAUGUAAAAGUGACCUGGUACUACCUGGAAAAAGGCUUCCACGGCACACUGGCAUUUUUUGGUUAUGGGAUUUUCUCUUUUCCAACAUCAAGUCAAGUGGUGAAGCACAUUGUAAACUUCAUAAAAGAUUACUGAAAUGUCUUCUCGACUACAGUGAAGUGGUCUGCAAACAGAGAGUAUUUUAAUUAACUAUUUACCGGCUAUUCCCAGUACCUGAAGGGGCUACAAGAAAGCUGGGGAGGGACGUUUUACAAAGGCUUGUAGUGAUAGGACUGGGGGCAAUGGGUAUAAACUGGAGAGGGGCAGAUUUAGACUGGACAUAGGAGGAAUCUCUUCACCAUGAGAGUGGUGAGACACUGGCCCAGGUUGCCCAGGGAAGCUGUGGCUGCCCCAUCCCUGGAGGUGCUCAAGGCCAGGUUGGAUGGCCCUUGGGCAGCCUGAGCCAGUGGGAGGUGUCCCUGGCAGAGGGGUUGGAACUGGAUGAUCUUUAAGGUGCCUUCCAACCCAAACUAUUCUAUCAUUCUAUGUUUCUAUGUUUCUAUUUGUACAUCAGAUCUAGGGAAGAAAUAAUAUUAGCAGGGUCUGCUGAAUUCUGAUUUUCCAUUGAUAUGACUUGGGAACAUGAUGUAUUUUUCAUCUUUUUUUUUAAUUAACCUAUUGAUUGUUAUGCUGUUCUCUUCCUAUGUCAAAAGAACAACAGCUCACCACAGUAAAUAACAUUUUAAAGCAUGCGAUCUCUGAGUCACCAGCAAUGUGCAUACACAUAUUCACAUAAUACACACAAAAUCAGCAUGACAGCAUGGAUAAAAUGCCCUCCCAUCACCUCUGGUGAUUGAAGAUACUGUCAUUACUGCUGAGAUGAGCAGUAUUCAACAUCAGACUGUGUACAGGCAACCAGUAGAUUUGAAUUAGUAAAAUCUGAAGGAGGGAAUUGGUUGUAACUACAAAUAAGCUAUUAAAAGGAGAUGGCUGACACAGAAGGGAGGUACAGGAACGAGAGCUGUAUCACAUAGCUGCCUCUAAGUGUCCAAGACUGACAACACCAAUGCAGUGAGGGAGAACCGCACAAAC